UUUGUUAGACAAUCGUAUUGUUUCGAUCGUUUCAAUGAUAGGGAAAGGUUUCCCUCCACAGGUAAUAUUUUCGGUCCAGGAGGAAACUUUUCUCCGUUUCGAGAAAGUAUAAUUAUAAUUUCUGAUCCCAGUAGGGAAAUCUCGCAUAAGUGUCUCUGCCACUCGCUCCUCUCAUACCCCAGCUUCCCUAACACCAAUCUACCCGCCAAGUAACCAACAAGCUAGAUGCUAUAGAGAGAGGGAGCUAGGGUUUCUUUUCUAUUAAUUUUUCUUUAGUCGAGGGAAAUUCCCGAGAACCAUCAAUGUCGUCUGUGUACAUUCCGGUGCAGAACUCGGAGGAGGAGGUGAGAGUGGCUCUCGAUCAGCUUCCUAGAGAUGCCUCUGAUAUUCUCGACAUCCUCAAAGCCGAGCAAGCUCCUCUGGAUCUCUGGCUUAUAAUUGCGAGGGAGUACUUUAAACAAGGAAAACUUGAACAAUUCCGCCAGAUAUUGGAAGAAGGAUCCAGUCAUGAAAUUGAUGAAUAUUAUGCCGAUGUUAGAUAUGAGAGGAUCGCCAUCCUAAAUGCUUUAGGGGCUUACUAUAGCUAUCUUGGAAAAAUUGAGACAAAACAAAGAGAAAAGGAGGAACAUUUUAUACAGGCGACCAAACACUACAAUAAAGCUUCAAGGAUUGACAUGCAUGAGCCUUCUACUUGGGUUGGGAAAGGUCAGCUGUUACUGGCCAAGGGUGAAAUAGAACAGGCAUCUAAUGCAUUUAAGAUCGUACUGGAGGGAGAUCGUGAUAAUGUUGCUGCUCUUUUGGGUCAGGCUUGUGUUGAGUACAAUCGUGGUCAUUACAUUGAGUCUUUGGCAAGAUACAAGAGGGCAUUGCAAGUUUAUCCUAAUUGUCCUGGGGCUGUGAGGCUUGGAAUAGGUCACUGCCACUAUAAAUUGGGCCAUUUUAAAAAAGCUUGGCAGGCAUUUGAACGGGUUUUGCAGUUGGAUCCAGAAAAUGUUGAAGCUCUUGUAGCCCUUGCAAUUUUGGAUUUGCAAACAAAUGAAGCUGCUGGAAUAAGGAGAGGAAUGGAAAAAAUGCAGAAAGCUUUUGAGAUAUACCCCUAUUGCGCAAUGGCAUUGAAUUAUCUAGCGAAUCACUUUUUUUUCACUGGUCAACAUUUUUUAGUAGAGCAACUUACUGAGACUGCACUUGCUGUGACCAAUCAUGGACCAACAAAGUCACACUCUUACUACAACUUGGCACGUUCCUAUCACAGCAAGGGGGACUAUGAAACAGCUUCAAGAUACUACUGGGCAUCUGUCAAAGAAAUUAAUAAGCCCAGUGAAUUUGUGUUUCCAUAUUAUGGAUUGGGACAAGUACAACUGAAAUUAGGAGAUAUUAAAAAUGCACUGUCAAAUUUUGAAAAGGUUUUGGAGGUCUAUCCAGAUAAUUGUGAGACAUUGAAAGUUCUUGGGCACAUAUAUGUUCAGCUUGGGCAGACUGAGAAAGCUCAGGAAUUUUUGAGGAAGGCUGCAAAAAUUGAUCCACGUGAUGCACAGGCGUUUCUCGACCUCGGUGAAUUGUUAAUUUCAUCUGAUACAGGAGCUGCUCUUGAUGCCUUCAAAACUGCACGCACUCUACUGACCAAGGGAGGUCAAAAAGUGCCAAUCGAAGUUCUUAACAAUAUCGGAGUUAUUUAUUUUGAAAGAGAAGAACUUGAGCCUGCUCUGGAUGCUUUCAAGGAUGCUCUAGGUGAUGGCAUAUGGCGUGCUUUCCUUGAUGGUAAAGCAAAGACCUAUAAAAUUGAUGCAGCUGCAUCUGUUCUCCAAUACAAAGACAUGCAGUUAUUUCAUCGAUUAGAGGAAGAUGGCUUUGAUGUGGAACUACCUUGGGAUAAAGUCACAGCGUUGUUUAACUUGGCCAGAUUACUUGAGCAGAUGCAUAACAUAGAAACUGCAAGUGUGUUAUACCGUCUCAUAGUGUUUAAGUAUCCAGACUAUGUGGAUGCUUAUCUAAGGCUGGCUGCCAUUGCAAAAGCUCGAAAUAAUCUCCAACUGAGCAUUGAACUGGUUAAUGAGGCUCUUAAGGUGAAUGAUAAGUGCCCAAAUGCAUUAUCUAUGCUUGGUGAUCUGGAGCUGAAAAAUGAUGACUGGGUUAAGGCAAAAGAAACCUUACGUGCUGCUAGUGAAGCAACUGACGGGAAGGAUUCUUAUGCGACCCUCUCUCUGGGGAACUGGAACUACUUUGCUGCAAUACGCAAUGAGAAAAGGAAUCCCAAGUUGGAGGCUACCCACUUGGAGAAGGCCAAGGAACUGUACACCAGAGUUCUGGUUCAGCAUACAGCUAAUUUAUAUGCUGCCAAUGGUGCUGGAGUAGUGUUAGCAGAAAAAGGGCAUUUUGAUGUAUCUAAAGAUCUUUUUACGCAGGUCCAAGAGGCUGCAAGCGGAAACAUUUUUGUCCAGAUGCCAGAUGUGUGGAUAAACUUAGCACAUGUUUAUUUUGCUCAAGGCAAUUUUGCUUUGGCUGUUAAGAUGUAUCAAAAUUGUUUGCGGAAGUUUUAUUAUAAUACAGACUCUCAAAUUCUCCUGUAUUUGGCCCGUACACAUUAUGAAGCUGAACAGUGGCAGGACUGCAAGAAAACUUUACUGAGAGCCAUCCACUUGGCACCUUCAAAUUACAUAUUAAGAUUUGAUGCAGGUGUGGCGAUGCAAAAGUUUUCAGCAUCAACGCUACAAAAGACAAAGAGAACUGUAGAUGAGGUGCGCUCAACAGUAGAUGAGCUGGAAAAUGCAGUUCGUUUAUUUAGUCAGUUAUCUGCUUCUUCCAAUCUUCACUUUCAUGGGUUCGAUGAAAAGAAAAUCAACACACAUGUUGAGUACUGCAAGCACUUACUUGAGGCUGCAAAAGUUCAUCGUGAAGCAGCUGAGCGUGAGGAGCAGCAGAACCGGCAGAGACAGGAAGUGGCUCGUCAGAUGGCAUUGGCUGAGGAUGCCCGUCGCAAGGCUGAAGAACAAAGGAAAUUUCAGUUGGAGAGAAGAAAACAAGAGAAUGAACUAAAACGGGUACGGCAACAAGAGGAGCAUUUUGAGCGUGUAAAGGAGCAAUGGAAGAGUACAUCUGCUUCUAAGCGGAGGGACAGGUCUGAGAUGGAUGAUGAGGACGGUGGGCAUAGUGAGAAGAGGAGGAGAAAAGGUGAAAGGAAGAGAAAGAAGGACAAGAGCUCAAAGUCACACUAUGAGAUGGAAGAAGGAGAAGCUGACAUUAUGGAUGAUCAUGAAGAACUGGAAGACGAAGAUGCAAAUGUGAAUUACAGGGAACAAAGAGAUCAGAUGAAUGAUCAGGAUGAGAAUGCAGAAGAAAAUGCUCACGAACGUCUUGCAGCAGCUGGGCUUGAAGAUUCUGAUGCAGAGGAUGAGGCGAAUGUGCCUACAUCAACAAGUAGGAGGAGGCGGGCAUGGUCAGAAUCCGAUGAUGAUGAGGCAUUAGAGAGGAAGUCUAGUCCUGUUCGAGAAAAUUCUGCCGAGUAAGAAAGUGAUAUAGAAAUCAAAGGAUGUUGACAAGCAAUGUUGCUGUGGGCGAUGAGGUUUGAUAUCAAAUGAAGUUAACUGUGUGGCAAUAUUAGGAACAAACUAACUUGUGAAUGCUUUGAAAAAAAAAAAAAAAAGCAAAUGCCUUGAACAAUAGGGAAAUAGAAAUUCCUUUAUUGGUAAUAGAUGCUUUGAUGCUCCCUGGAGAAUUGUACCAUAGAAGUUAUAGAUGAUUUUGUAUGUUGUACUGAUGUAAUCAAUUUUAAUGCAAAAACAACCUUCCCAUUUUCACA